GAAGGGUGCUCCUUCCUGUCCCUCGCCGUGUGCAUUUUCCUCGCGAGUGAUUUUUUUUUCGAGGUUAGAAUGCACCAGACAGCAGGCUUUCUCGCACGAUCGAGAUGAAUGUCCCCCAUCUGUCGCGUUUGUCGCUCAAACGUUCUCGUCCGAAUGAAAGUUUGAGCCUCGAUGAUAGGGAGAAUGACGUAUCUAUGACCGAUGCCAGUUAGAAUUCACGCGUGACUGAUCCAAUUUCCCUCGUGAUUGAACAGCAUCCCCUCGUUUCGACCUCAUUGGCAAUUAACUUAUCGAGUGACGCCCUUAAUAUUUUGCUAAUGUUGAUAGAAUAGUUAUUGAUUUUUUAUUGUUUGUGAUGCGAGAAAUAAAAGAUUAGAACGAGGAUUUAUACAGAAAUUUUCCUAUAAACUCAAUUCUGAUUGAAUGAAUUGUCCAUUAUGUUAAUUUGAACUUGAUUGGAGUCACCUUAAUGUGCAACAAAUGUCAUAUAUUAGAGAGAGUAAUAUAUAAAAAAUUAUGUAUUUCUGUCGUAUUUCACUUACAAAUUAUGACAGCACUUACAGAUUGAAAGCCACAGAGGACAGCGGAGACGAGGAGUCUCAAUCAAAGGAUAAUCAAAAGGUGGAAAAGGGUCCAUUACCUCCAAUAGAGAUAAGUCCAAAUGAGCAUAAAUUACAAUAUGCUUAUGCACUAUGGUACAGUCGGCGUAGUCCUGGCAAACAGACUAGCAUACAAAGUUAUGACCAGAAUUUAAAGCUUAUCGGCAGGUUUGCUAGCGUGGAGCAGUUUUGGGGUCUUUAUAGUCAUUUAGUACGACCGUCAGAUUUAACAACACAUACAGAUUUCCAUCUUUUCAAAGUUGGCAUAAAGCCCAUGUGGGAGGAUGAAGCUAAUCAAAAAGGUGGCAAAUGGAUAGUAAGAUUACGGAAAGGUUUAGUUUCUAGAUGUUGGGAAAAUCUUAUAUUGGCAAUUUUAGGCGAGCAAUUUAUGGUAGGAGAAGAAAUAUGCGGGGCCGUUGUAUCUAUACGAUUUCAGAUAAAUUGGUAAUUUGAUAGGAGGACAUUAUAUGUGUAUGGAAUAAGACAGCAUCGGAUGUAACGAUAACAGCGCGUAUCAGGGAUACUUUAAGAAGGGUAUUACAUCUUCCACCUACUGCCUCUAUGGAGUAUAAAACCCACAACGAGAGUUUGAAGAAUGUACAUCGACUCUAAAGUUGAAUAAUUUCAAGAACGAGAUAUAUUGCAAUUUUCCUAACAGAUUCACUCAGGUGGUGACGCAUUUGACAGGAAAGUAAAUAAAACAUGAAAUGUUAAGGAACAUCCAUUUGACGAAACACUUUGUUCACAAGUGUCUGUGUUGUAACUUAUGUAAAUAAUGAAUAUAUACAUUGAUCACAAAAAAAUAAAUGUCCUUAUUUCCAAUUUGUUUAACAUGGAAAAAGAA